AUGAUAGCAUCCGAUACAGAAGACACAUUUUCAGAAGCAAAAAUCGGAAAAUAUUGCGUAAAUGUCGUUCAACAACAACCAAGUGUUAAACGCCUUGAAACGUUCGAAGACAGAAAUUCACCUGACAAUUAUUCGAAUAUUGGGAAACCUUAUUUUGGGAAAGAAGAAUGCUACGAUCGGACAGGGAAUCGCAACGAAAUGCGCAUUUUGAUUCAUGGAGGAAGCCUUCUUUCAGCACUGUUAGCUGCUUUGAUAUGUACGAUAGUCGAGGGACUUGAGAUAGGACAAGAAUAUGCACUAAUGCGGUUGUUCUACUUCACAACCAUUUUGUGGGUUCCAUGCAUUGAUAUAGUAACAACUUUCUGGAUUACAGCGUCCUUGCGAAAUGUUGUCAACCCAUUCAAAAAAGCAACGGAGACAUUAUUCAUACAUUCGACAUUCUAA